GACUACUAGUGUGCCGUUGGAAUACAAUAAGUAAUCGUUGCGACUCCGUAAAGCGAGUAGAAAAAAAGAUUUCGCCUUGGAAAACCAAUCUCGCGCGACGCCCUUCGUCCCGACUCGAGCGCAUUUCCGAGGCAACGGGGCGAACCGUAAUUCGCGUGUUGAAAGUUUAAAAAAUUAAUUGGCUCAUUAUACUUUGAAUAAUUAACUGCAAACUGGUCAGAUUUCGUACGAUUGUAAAAUUAUAGAGAUAUAAUUAAUCGGGCAUAUAUUGAUUCGUCGAUCCAACAUUUAACAUUGAGAUCGGGAAAUUUUCGCCAAGAGGAGAGAGACAGGGCGUUAAUUUUGACCAAGUCCUACCGGGGGUCGUCGAUGCCGAGUAUGAGCGACGACACGAUCGCCGCGGACUCCUCGAAGAAAUUCAUGGACCACGCGCGAAAGGAACUGAGCGCGGUAUUGGGAAAAGUAGACGACCUGGGACUUCCGGUUAAAGCCUGGCGGCUGCUUCGCGCCCGUUCGCGACUGAGACCGACGAAACUGAUGAAAGUCCGCGCGAAGCACCUGUGGCUCCUCUUGCUGAUCGCCACGUGGAUCACGGCGCAAGCUACGUGGACUCGUGUGCUAACGUAUCGAGAUGGCAAGUGCUGGAUGGCGACGCCCCCGUUCGUGCAAAAACUUUUCCGACCGCCGCAAGACUGCUCGAUCUGCCAGGAUGUUCAACAGGUUGACAAACUCACCGCCGUCGAUCCAACGAUCUUUGAACAACGCUACGCGUAUUCAGGGAAGCCGGUGGUGAUAAGCGACGCGAUGGCGAAUUGGACGGCGCCCAAGGUGUUCUCCUUCCCGUUUUUCAAAACGCUCUACGACGGUGAGGGCGCGAGCUGCCAGUUUUUCCCGUACAAGACGGAAUUUCGGAGUCUGCAAGACGUCUUCGACAUGAGCGCCGAUCGAGCCGUGAUGGAAAAGGGCACGGCGCCUUGGUACGUCGGAUGGAGCAACUGCGACGAGAAGAUCGGCGUGAUAUUGCGGCAGCAUUACCAGAGACCGUAUUUUCUUCCCGCCACAGCCGAAAGCAAGAAAACUGAUUGGAUUUUCAUGGGCAGCAAUGGCUAUGGCGCGCCAAUGCACGUGGACGAUGUGGACUAUCCCUCCUGGCAGGCGCAGAUAAAAGGUGAAAAAUUGUGGAUUUUAGAGCCGCCGAGGGAGUGCCACUACACGUGCAAGAGGCUGGAAGUGAUUGUGCAUACCGGGGAGAUAAUCGUCUUGGAUACGAAUCGAUGGUAUCACCAAACGAAAAUCAUUUCCGAUGAUAUAAGCAUUACCAUCGGGGCUGAAUACGAUUGAAGUGAGUAAACCUCGGGAGCUAAAUUAAUUAUAUGACAGAUUCAGUUUUAACAAGAACAACUGACAGAGAAUUUAUUGUAAGUAUCAGUUCCUAUGUGCAAAUGUGCCGUUAUAAUAAGAAUAAAAUACGCUACGUAUUUAAUGCAUUUCAUCAUUUCGCAGAUCAAGAAAGCAAUAUUGUGCGUUAACAUUGGUUGAUUUAUUCCACCUUGACAUGCUAAUUCACCCUUCAAUCUCCGUGUGAAAUAUUUAAGACAUAAAUGAAAUAAAUCCUCGCAUGUAAAAGUACACAUGAAAGCAGGAAAUAAUAAAAUAUGAAAUAUAUUACGAAAGGCGCGGAAAGGAGGAUCUUCAAUAUUUUAAUGUCGUUAUUAAAACACUUGAUAGCUUAAGAAAAAGCUGGACAAUUUUACUUAAACUCCGGGAGUAUGUCGCUUGUGUUAAUCGUGUCACCGUUAAUUCAUCUCCCUCGUUAGAUUUGUGAAAUAUUUCAGUUAUUUAAAACGAAUCGAGUUUUAUUUGAGAAAGUUUUCAUUUUCGUUAAGUACAU